AUGUCUUUCUAUAAAGUACCAAGCCCAGAAGAAGAUGCCAGAGUGGUGUUCGAAGUUCUGAAAAGGGGCGGUAUUGCGAUUAUACCGAUGAGCGUUGGCUACGGAAUCACUGCGAUCGAUCCAGAUGCAUUGGACCGGAUUUUCCGCACAAAACGGAGAGAACCACACAAGCGACAUGUAAUGGUUGGCAGCUACGUUCUGCAUCAAGAUAUUCAUGUCCUUCCCCCUCAGAAAGCCGGUAUGGUCAAACUCUUGACCGUGGACUUGGAACUUCCUCUAGGGAUAGUUGCGCCAUAUCGCCUUGAUCAUCCGAUUAUUCAAAAGCUUCCACGAAACAUGUUAGCACAGAGCAUUGUUGGGGAUACCCUAGCAAUGUUGGUCAACGGCGGUGCUUUGCUAGAAGAAUUAUCUCGACUUGCUGCCCUAGAGAAACUUGCUCUAAUGGGAUCUUCAGCCAAUAUCACAGGCAAGGGAGCAAAGACUGUGGUCGAGGACAUCGAGCCGGAGAUCCUCGAAGUGGCAGAUAUAGUUAUCGAUUAUGGGAGACAAAAGUUUCACCAUCCUCGAGCCUCUUCAACCAUGAUCGAUUUUAGAACAAUGAAGGUUGUGCGAUACGGGGCUUGUUACAAUGUGGUGCAGGAUGCUCUCUGGCGAUUUUAUGGGAUUAAAGUGCUGGAUGAUCCUGGAACGUCGACUCUUUUGUCUGGACAGACAUGUGCUGAUAGGAUAACGUAUUCGGCAAGCGAGUGGCCACCCCAACUAAAAACGCGUCCAUCAAUUAGUACUUAG